AUGCGGUUCGCGAGCGACGCUGCGAUCGGCUCGCAGGAGGUCAAGACUCGGACCCACCCGCCGCGCUGCUGGGGGGGCGGCGGGCCACUCUCUGUGGGGGCCUCUCUAAAGGAGAUGCGGGUUCAGGCAUUAGGCAGCGAGGCGGGGGCCCAACAGGCCCAACAGGCCUUCAGGACCCAGCCCAGGAACCUGACGGUGCGGGCCGGGGCCACGGCCGUGCUCCGCUGCGAGGUGCUGCGGCCCUCGGGGCCCGUCCAGUGGGUGAAGGACGGCCUGCUGCUGGGGCCCCGGAGGGAGCUGCCCGGGUUCCCACGCUACAGAAUGAUCGGAGACCCCCGGAGAGGACAGUACCAUCUUCAAAUCGACAAGGCCGAACUGGAGGACGACUCCCCCUACGAAUGCCAAGUGGGACAGUCUGAGAGCAGCAAGGCAAUCAUCUCCCAUACAGUCUGGAUUACAGUGCAGAGUGAGCAAAACCAUGGGGCUGGUCCAUAG